AUGGUGAAUGACAUCAAAACAGUUAACCCCAUAAACCAGUUAGUUAAGUUCGCGGAUGACAUGACAUUAGAAGUACCAGGGAAUGAAAACGGAGAUACAUCCCAAGCCGAAGUGGACAGUAUACAAACAUGGUCUGAAAAUAAUCGAAUGUCCUUAAAUAUGGAAAAGACGUAUGAAAUGAUUGUUAGGAGAAAUAUCCCUACGCUGUUGCCUGAUCCUUUUCCAUUUAUUAAACGAAGGACGUGGUUAAAGAUUUUAGGAAUUACAUUACAGGAUUUCCCUUCCAAGUGGGAUUUGCAUUUUGAUGAAAUGUUGAAAAAAGCCAGUGCAAGAAUGUACAUAAUGCGUGUCUGUAAAUACUAUGGCUUCCCAAUCAAACAACUGGACAUGCUGUUUAACACUUUAAUUAUGCCUAUAAUCACUUACGGCAUAGAACUUUGGGGAGGCGCAUACUUCAAUAAAUACAUUAGUCAAAUAGACAAAUUCAUCAAUUGCGCUCACAGAAAUGGUUACAUAUCGGAAAAAUUGAAUAUUAAGGAGAUAAGCAUCAAAAGGGACAAGAAACUUUGGGAUAAAGUAAUACAUAAUAAAGAUAAUGCACUACAGGAGCUUUUACCAGAUAAAUUAAAUAGACACCUUAGGCCAAGGGGACACGAGUUUGAACUUCCAUUAGUGAGAACAGAGCGAUUUAAAAGUUCUUUUGUAAAUCGAUGUUUGUUUAAUAACUUUGUUUAA